AUUUUUUUUUUUUGAACACUUUAAAGCGCAUUAAUGGCUGCCAAAAAGCCCUCAAAUUUUGCAGUAUUACCCAAAAUUAUAAAUGGCGGAAUCGCCGGUAUUAUUGGUGUAACAUGUGUUUUUCCAUUGGACCUGGUGAAGACACGCUUACAAAAUCAGCAGAUUGGCCCAAAUGGAGAAAAAAUGUACAACAACAUGUUCGAUUGCUUUCGGAAGACGUAUGCCGCCGAGGGUUACUUUGGCAUGUAUCGCGGAUCUGCUGUCAACAUUAUCCUGAUUACUCCCGAGAAGGCCAUCAAGCUGGCGGCCAACGACUAUUUUCGCUUCCAUCUGGCCACUCCGGAAGGCAAAUUGACGAUUCCCAUGCAGUGCUUGGCUGGCGGCUUGGCAGGCGCCUUUCAAAUCGUUGUGACGACGCCCAUGGAGCUGCUGAAGAUACAAAUGCAGGAUGCGGGCCGUGUAGCUUCCGCGGCACGAGCCGCUGGCCGACAGGUGGAAAAGGUGACAGCGAUGGGUCUCACCAAGCAGCUCCUCAAGGAGAAGGGCAUCUUCGGGCUGUACAAGGGCGUGGGGGCUACGGGGGUGCGUGACAUUACCUUUUCAGUAGUUUACUUUCCACUCUUCGCUACGGUCAACGACAAGGGGCCCCGUAAAACAGAUGGUUCCGGAGAGGCCGUCUUCUAUUGGACUCUAAUGUCAGGACUAUUUUCGGGCAUGACGGCGGCAUUUCUGGUGACGCCCCUAGAUGUCAUCAAGACGCGAUUGCAGGCCAUCAAGAAGGCUGAUGGUGAAAAGGAGUUCAACGGCAUUGUAGAUUGUGUGAAGAAAACCCUGCAGCACGAGGGGUUGCCCGCUUUCUUCAAGGGCGGCCUCUGUCGCGUUAUGGUAAUAGCUCCGCUCUUCGGUAUUGCCCAGACAGUCUACUUUCUUGGCGUGGCUGAGACACUGUUGGGCAUCAAGCAAACAAAGAGCAUUUAAUGUAGUAUUUGGUCGUAUUUAUAAGAAUUAUCAGAAAAUUGUUAUUCGUAGUAUAGUAUGUAGUAGUAUCGGGAAAUUAAAUAAACGACUUCAAUAGUCACUGUUCCAUUUAAA